AUGAUAUUUAAAAACUUAUCAUACUAUAUUACCGAUUAAUAAGAACCUAAAUUAGAAGAGUUGAGAGAUCUAAAAUUGUAAGAUAGGGGUAAAUAAUUUAAAAUUGUUGGUGAGAUUGACAGUUGCAUCGCCUUCAUAACUAAAUUUUUAGUUAAGUAAUACAAAAUGUUUAAAGAUUUUAAAUAUCAAAUAUCACUUCAUCUUAUAUACUAUAGUUAAUGCAUAUUAAUAAAUCAUUAGAAUUCAUUUGUUUUUAUCUUAAUUAAUAUGAUUAAUCUAAAGAUUACAAAAGAUUAUUAUUUAAAAUAUUUUUAAAUUUAAGUAGAAAAAACAUGA